UUGAAGCUAGGUGUACAAUACGCAUGCGCCAAUCGUUAACUCGCCAAGGAGACGUUGUUGCGGUGAAAAGUGUUAAUAAUCACUCAAACAACCGCAUAACCAUACACAUAGUCAUGUUUGCUGGCUAUAAAGUUACUUGUGACUACCAGGAAGAAUAAGAAGGAAAACACGACAAGGACAACUAUGGAGAACGUCAAAAGCGUCAUUCGAGGACUGGAGGUGGACAAUGUCUACGGGUCUGUGGCUGUUCUCACAGGUUCCGCUUGUCUUGCCGGGGGUCUUGUGUGGCUGGCCCGGGCAAUCGACGGCCGCCGAGCCGCUGAGAGCAAGAUCCAGAAGGCCAGGAUGCUGAGGGAGGAUAGGCUGCUGCGAGCUGAACAGGCUGUACUUCAUUACAAGCAGUCGCAUCCAAAGAUGGACUCCUCUCUCAUAUUGUCACUUUCUCUGACUGAGCUGACAAAUAAACUCCAGGGUGGCCUGCUGACACCUGAAGAUGUCUUGUACUCCUACAUGGAAAAGUCUCUCAGGGUAGACAAAAAGCUAAACUGCUGCACCGGAUUUCUGCUGGAGAGCAUUGACCAGCUGAAAACUCUGGACCACAAUGAGCGAGGUCUCCUGUACGGCGUUCCAGUUAGCAUCAAGGAAAACAUUGGAUACAAGAACUAUGACUCCAGCUGUGGUCUGCUCAUCAACGUGGACCAUCCAGCCGAGAGGAACUCUGUGAUUGUGGAACUGCUGAAGCGACAAGGCGCUAUUCCCUUUGUGAAAACAAAUAUCCCCCAAGGCAUGUUAAGUUACGACUGCAGCAACGUCAUCUAUGGGCAGACUCUGAACCCCCACAACCUUAAGAAGACCAGUGGGGGUUCAUCCGGUGGGGAGGGUGCUCUCAUCGGUGGAGGUGGCUCCUUGCUUGGCAUAGGCAGUGACGUUGGGGGCAGCGUCAGAAUCCCUGCUGCUUUCUGUGGGUUCUGUGCCCUGAAGCCAACAGCGGGCAGACUAAGCUCACUUGGUGUGAGCACUAUUUGUCCUGGGCAGAAGUCAGUGCUGAGUACACCCGGGCCUAUGGCCAAGGAUGUGGACAGCCUGGCACUGUGUAUGCAGGCGCUGCUCUGUGACCACAUGUUUGCCCUGGACCCCACUGUCCCACCUGUCUACUUUAAUAUGCAGAUGUAUGAGAGCUCCAAACCUCUGCGGAUCGGCUACAUGGAAAGCGACGGAUUCACGCAGCUGACGCCGAGCAUGGUUCGAAGCAUGAGGGAGGUCAAAGCUCUGCUUGAGCAGGCGGGACACACUCUAGUGCCGUACACUCCUUUGAAGUUGAAGUAUGCUUAUGAGCUCAUCUCAAAGGGCAUCUUUGCCGAUGGAGCCACCAACCUGCUGCACAAACUGAAGGAUGGGCCUCUUGACCCCAUUCUCAAAUUACAAAUGAAGCCUUUCUAUUUGCCUAUCUGGCUGAGGAAGAUCCUCUCCAUCCUCUUGAAACCUCUGUGUCCUCGUGGUUCAUAUCUUCUGGGAAAUACCACUGGAGUCGGAUCUGCUCUCGAACUGUGGGAUCAGCACUCUGCUGUGCAGGAGUACGUUCAAGAUACAAUAGCAGAGUGGAGAAGGUGCAACAUAGAUGUGCUGCUGUGCCCCAUAUUUGGACCCGCUUUCAACUUCAUGUACUGCAGCAGGCUUAACUUUCCUAUUUAUACCACGGCUAUCUACAAUCUGCUCAACUUUCCUGCUGGCGUUGUUCCUGUUUCCACUGUGACGGCAGAGGAUGAGGAGGAGCUACGCCAUUAUAAAGGCUUGUUUCAGGACCAGUGGGACAAUCUUUUCCGCCAGGCGGUGUCUGGAGGCCAGGGUCUUCCUAUGGCGGUGCAGUGUGUCGCCCUCCCAUGGCAGGAUGAGUUAUGCCUGCGCUUCAUGAAGGAGGUGGAGGAGCUUGUCAAAAAAAGCAGGAAGUAAAUGAAGUUUAGAAAUGGUUAGCAUAGUCACAUUCUCAUCUGGCACUAUUUCGGCUCCCUAAUGCACUGGACGCACAUCCUGAGUAACCUCUGAUCUCACAAAUGGACUCAAAUGGACAUCAUUUUAACAUAAACACACUCCAAAAACAUGCAUAAGCUCGAUAGGCGCCAGCUUAAUGAAGACAAGUGGUGGAGAAAAUGGAGUUAAUUGUUUACAACAGUAUCGUAAGUGUAACACCUGAGUAGGGCAACCAACAUUUUAAAGAUCAUGUAGAGCUGCUGGAUGCUGACAACUCGUGUUAAACUUCAAAUGCAGCUCCUGCCGACUAUAGGCUAUUAUUAUGAUUAUUAUUAUUAUUAGGAUAUAAUUGAAUAGCAGCGUUGAUUGGAGCAUUAAUGGUAUUAGGGUCGAUUGAAGCAAUUGUUGUCAUGGAGAUUUGUACUAAAUGAUCAUUAA